ACGGUUCCAGCAAGUGUAUGGGAUUCACCUGAAAAUGGCUCAGCUGGAGCAGAACAUCUGGGCCAUGGUGGAGGAUGUGUCAGAAUCUGCCGUUAAAAUAACCGAAAAGUUUUUCCGGCCGCUAGUCAAAUUGUCUGACGUUGAAGUAAAAACAUGUCUGGAAAUCCUGAAAAGGCUAGGUCUGGCAGAAUAUAACAAGAAAGUGAAGGAAUUUUCACCAGCAUCAUCGAAAAAGCGGAAAAUUGAGGAUGGGUCUACCUGUGAGAUGGAAGAAAGAAAUCAAUAUGAAGAUCUGCUUGAGAAGAACAACCAAAUGGCCAAAGAUUUCAGGGCAUCACAAGACAGGUGUUCUGUGCUGGAGAAUGAAAAUUCCGAAUUGAAAAGUCAACUUGCCAAACAGUCUACACAGGACCACAAGAAAACUGGAAAGACAACAGAGACCAUCGAGGAACCAAUGGAAGCCUUCUGGCGAUUCGAUGAUGGCAGAGUAGAGUGGCUUCCUGCAAAGCUCAUUAAAAGAUAUGCGAAUGGUGGCUGUUCAGUGCAGUUCAGCGAUGGGUUUAGCCGCAUCAAGUCAUCGUGGGUGAGGAGAGUUGGAGAUCUCUAAGGACGGACUGCAGUUAAAUUCAAAUGGACCAGAGACCUGGCUCUUGUAUAAAUAU